UUCGAUCUGUCCACCACUUGCCACCUCAUCCCUCUCCCUUCCCACCUUUAAAUCCACCGUCCAAAACGCUGCCGUUGCACCCCAAACUAAUCAGAUCUUUCACCAGUCGCUUUCCACUGUUCCCAGUAUCAUUAUUUGAGUAUCAUUAUUUUCAGAUUAUUUUAUUAUUACUUUAUUUUGUCUCAGAUUCAGAUUUAUCACCAAAAACACAACAAAAAAACCAUCUGGGUUUUGUUUUUAAUUUUUUUUUGUUAUUACAGAGAGCUUAGAAUUACAGCCAUGGCGGGGAAGAUGGGAUCUUUCCGUUACACUUUAGCAGAAAAACGAGAGAGAUUAUUACUGUCAACAAAAGGGUACUCAGAGCUCCAAUUUCCCAACAUUGAAGACGAACAAUUCUACCCAUCAUCCUCAAGAAAUUGCUGCAGUUACAGAUUUAUCUGUGAUAAGCUUAUUGGAUUUGUGAGGAAUGUUCAGUAUGUUGCCGUUGAGGCUUAUGAGAUGGGUCGAAACGACCCGAGAAAAAUUGUAUUCUCUGCUAAAAUGGGGCUGGCUUUGAUGCUUAUUUCAUUGCUGAUUUUCUUGAAAGAGCCGUUUAAUAAGGACCUCAGUCGCUACUCUGUUUGGGCUGUUCUUACCGUUGUUGUUGUGUUUGAAUUUAGUAUUGGAGCAACGUUAAGCAAAGGAUUUAAUCGUGGGCUUGGGACGUUAUCAGCAGGCGGUCUUGCUCUGGGAAUGGCGGAAUUGGGUAAAUUAGCUGGGGAGUGGGAAGAAGUUUUCAUUGUUGUUAGUAUCUUCUCCAUAGGUUUUUGUGCAUCUUAUGCGAAGCUCUAUCCGACAAUGAAACCUUAUGAAUACGGAUUCCGAGUUUUCUUGUUGACGUAUUGUAUGGUCAUGGUAUCGGGGUAUAGGACCAGGGAAUUUAUUCAUACAGCUAUAACCCGAUUUCUACUUAUUGCACUGGGUGCCGGUGUUUCAUUGGCAGUUAAUGUACUCAUUUAUCCUAUCUGGGCUGGUGAGGACUUGCACGAUUUGGUCGUAAAAAAUUUCAUGAGCGUGGCCACUUCUUUGGAAGGUUGUGUUAAUGGAUACCUGAAUUGUGUUGAAUAUGAGAGAAUCCCUUCUAAAAUUCUUACUUACCAAGCUUCUGAUGACCCACUUUAUCGUGGCUACAGAGCCGCCGUCGAGUCUACAAGCCAAGAGGACGCACUGAUGAGUUUUGCUAUUUGGGAACCACCUCACGGUCGAUAUAAGUCAUUUGGAUACCCAUGGAAAAACUAUGUCAAAGUAAGUGGCUCUCUAAGGCAUUGCGCAUUCAUGAUCAUGGCGCUGCACGGAUGUAUACUGUCAGAGAUACAGGCUCCUGCUGAGAAAAGACAAGUCUUUCGUCCAGAGCUGCAAAGGGUUGGAGCUGAAGGCGCUAAAGUGUUACGUGAACUUGGGAACAAAGUUAAAAAGAUGGAGAAACUCGGGUUAGGAGAUAUUCUUUAUGAGGUGCACGAGGCAGCAGAAGAACUGCAAACCAAGGUGGAUAAAAAAUCAUAUCUUCUUGUCAACGCAGAAUGCUGGGAAAUCGGACAUCCGGGAAAGGAUUCGGGAGAGCCGCAGGAAUUUAUUAACUUGGAAGAUGAUGUAUCUAAAGUCUUGCACCACAAAUCCCGUAGUGAAGCUGUGCUCGAUCUCAGAUCAUUAACUAUACCGAAAAGUUGGGGGGAUGGCCAUACGCAUACCACCGACUUAAGGUCCUACUUGCCUCCAGUUCCUCGCUCCGAAGCCAUGUCAACUAAGCAGAUCUCUUGGCCUGCUCGUUAUUCGUUUUCUGAAACAUUGCCCCAAGUGGAAGAAUCAAAAACAUACGAAAGUGCAAGUGCAUUGAGUCUCGCUACAUUUACAUCACAAUUGAUUGAAUUUGUUGCAAGGCUGCAAAAUCUUGUCGAUGCAUUUGAAGAAUUAAGCGAGAAGGCAAACUUUAAAGAACCGGAGGAGCUGCCAAUUGCAGCGCCUAUCAGUUUCUGGACCAGAUUGCGUAGAACCUUAAAGUUCUGGAAUUAGUGCAAGGGUCCAUAGGAAUAACAAUCUCAAAGUGCCGAAAUCUCUAAAAAAGAGAUAUCUUACUGAUAUAAUUUAUAUCUUAUAUAUUCUGAUACACAAUAAAUUUUCAGUUUUGCUGCUGACAGGUGGAGUUACCGGAACAAAUUCACCCUCUUGCUCUCGGGUGCCAAAAUGAUAACCGAAGAUGCUCAAUAGAUUUUUCUGACUAUGGAGUUGCAGGCAUUUGGCAGUUCAUGAAUUUUUAGUGUAACUGGAUAGUGAGAUUACUUGAUACAAGCUCAGGACCUUAUACAUGGAUUUCAGGGCAAAAUUUUUAACUAAAAAUGUUUUGUAAAUAAGACAGAAUUUACCUUUCUUUUAAUUUGUCAAGAUGUUUUGUGCA